AUGGCUCAGCAACACAACGCCAACGCCAGCCCUGCGCCCAUGGGCGAGCCGGGCAGCUAUGUGUGGCCCAAGCCCAUCAUCGCGAAGGACAGGCUCUCCUUCUCCAGGAGCGUGACCAGGUCCCCUGUCGCGGACUGCAUCGGAGAGGUCGACCCGUCGACCUGGAUCAUCGCCAGAAGUCUCCUUCUCAAGCACCACCCCGAGGCGACCGCCCCUCCGCCCGGAACGUCCUGGCCCGCCGGCAGACGCUGGGGCGGCUACUACACGCUCGAGAAGGCCCCCGAGCCGCUGCCCAAGGCCUAUCCAAUCGAGGAGUCGGGCCCGCGAGCUCGGUUCGAGUUGAGUGGUAUGAGGCAUGGCCAGUGCGUAUUCGGCAUCGGUUCUGUGACGCUCAAGGUCCACGUCGUCUGCCCUUACUUUCUGGCCCCGGCCUACGAGCACGUCACCCUGAACUGGCUGGCCGAGCGGAAAGGAUCCUUCAGCUUCGAGUUCCCCGAAGUUAUCACGCACAAAGUGAUCGACGGGCGCUACUACCUGUUUGUCACCAACCUCGUCGACACGCUCGGUCUCUACCAUCUGCAGGACCGCUGGCAGAGCUCGAUGACGACCCAGCAGAAGGAUGCCUUGGUCGACCGUCUCGGCGCCAUCUCCUGCGAGAUGGCGGCUUUCAAGGGGAAGCGCGGCGGGAGCUACACGCCGCUCCUCAGCCCGCCAGUCGUUUGUGACCCGAAGAUGCUCGACCCGCACAAAUGCGGCCCGGAUAUGCUCGAGCCGCGCAACUGCAAAAGGCUGGGGCUGGACUGUCCCGAGCGUGUUUUUGCCCACAACGGCAUUGCCAGGGAGAGCGGCUACCUUCCAGCGAACUCCAUCCUCCUUGACGAGGAUAACAAGGUCGUUGGAAUCGCCAACUGGGAGCUUGCCAGCUUUGUACCCCGAGAGUUUGUCGUGGCUGCGGGCAUGCUCUCGCCUUAG